AUGAAUGACAUGGAAGAAGACAAAAACCCUGAAGAAGACAAGAGGAAAAGUCAUUUAAAGGUAUUACAGGAAAAUUACCAGCAAAUGGAAAAAUCUGACAGUUGUAAUGUUCUGCAUUUUCCCAUUGGUGAUGAUGAUGAUGAUGAUGAUGAUGAGGACAAGCAGCAGUUUGAGAAGACGUUGUUUGUUAGUGCUGAUGAUGAUAGCGAAACCAGUGAAGAAUAUGAAGAAUAUCCAGAAAAGCUAUACUGUCACCCAGCCUUUCCAAACAGUGUUUUCCAAGCUUUGGAAGAAAUGAGACAAUUGUCCUUCCUCACUGAUCUCAAUGUAAGAACUCAAAACGAAGUUCAUUUCCAUGCUCACUCUUUAGUCCUGGCUGCCCUUAGCUCCCUCAUUCGGCAGAUGCUUAUACAGGCAAAUGAACAGAAAAAGAGAGAGAUAUAUUUAUGUGUUGAUCCUGAAGUAUCUGAUUUGGGCCUAAAUGCAGUGUUGGAGUUUGCCUACACUGGAACCAUCUCUGAUUUGAACAGAGAAUCUUUAGCUCAAAUUCAAGCUGCUGCUCUAUAUCUGGGAGUUCCCAGGGUUGUGGAGCUCUGCAAAGAAGAAGAUGAAAGAGAGAGAAAGAAAGACGGAGCGAGGAAGACGGAAGAUAGUCGAAUGUCUGCUGAAGUACAGAAGAAGGUCAGCUUGCAGUCCAUCAGGCAGCUGUGGGAAGAGAGAGUGGGCUGUGAUGUGGAGGUGGAGGCAGAAGGAAGAAUAUUUUGUGCACACAGGGUAAUUCUGAGCGCCAGCAGCGACUACUUCCGUGCCAUGUUCAGCAGCGGUAUGAAGGAGACUCACCAGACCUCAGUGUCCCUGCUACUAAUAGGGGCACCUGAACUAGAAGCCCUUCUUCACUGCUGCUACAGUGGACAUUUGUUUCUUGAUUGGGGCUGUGUUUUUGAGCUCACCUCCACUGCUCUUCAGUUCCAGUUUCAACCUGCUUUAUCGCUCUGCCUCAACUUUAUGCAGGAGGAAAUGGAUGCAUUCAUAUGUCUGGACGUAGCUGCUUUUGCCGAGGCUUAUGAAAUGAGUGGCUUACUGGAAAUGGCGGAAGAAUUUAUGCUUAGGCAUUUUGAGGACGUAGCAGCCACUGUGAAAUUUCAGGACCUGUCAGUGGAAAAGCUGAAGAAAUAUCUACAUAGCAACUGCCUCUACGUAACAUCAGAGUUGUCUGUUUUCAGAGCUGUCGUAUCUUGGAUUGAGGCCGAUCCGAAGACUAGGGUGAAAGAAGCCAGGGAUCUAAUGAGAACUGUCCUAUUUCCUCUCAUGACCUUUACAGAAUUCAGAGAAGUGAAGGUUAUAAUGUCAUGGCCACAAGUCAGCAAUAGGGAUCUUUAUGAGUCUCUGUUUGAAGAGUUCUGCACCAGUACCUUUAAUUCCCAUUCAGACUUUAGGACCUACCUUCCUAAAGAAUCAUUGGUGCUUGUUGGAGGUGAAAGGAUCACUGAAAACCUUGAAAAACGCUUACCAUGUAGGGAAAUAUGGUUCAGCAACUCAUUCCGUAACCACGUUGGCCUAAUGAAAAGAGUUGAAUGGAGAAAAUUGGGAGAUUUACCAGAGAAGCCAAGAUUUUGUCAUAGAGUUAGAGUAAUAACUGGGAAACUAUAUGUAGUUGGUGGUCGACAUUAUUAUGGAAAGGAAGACACAAUGAAAUGUACCUAUAGGUAUGAUCCAAUCCAAAAUAGAUGGCAAAGGUUGGCUGACAUGAACGAAAGAAGGGGCAACUUUGCUCUUGUGGUUUUGGAUGGAAAUAUGUUUGCCAUAGGUGGAGACAACGAUUCUGAGUUCAACACAGAAAGUGUAGAAGUCUACUGUCCUGUUACAGAUACUUGGAGCUUUGUUCACCCUCUGAACCAAUCCUUAAGUGCUCAUGCUGCCAGUGUAUGGAAUGAAAGGAUUUUCAUCUCAGGAGGCUUUGACAGUAGAUUCCAGUGCCUGGCAUCCACGCUGGUCUACCAUCCUGAGAAAGGCUCCACAUACCUUGUAGAUAUGACACAGAAUCGAGCCCAGCACUGCAUGGAGACUUUGAAUGACUGCUUGUAUGUAGCUGGUGGAGUCUCAGGUGUGGGUGGACAGUUAUUUGACCAGCUAGCCUGUGAGUUCUUUGAUCCAGUUAACGGAUGCUGGUGUCCCAUUACACCCAUGUCUUUGCCUCAUGUCGGUGCAGCAUCUGCAGUGUUGGAAGGAAAGAUUUAUAUCAUUGGUGGCUAUUGCCAUGAAGACUAUAGCGACACAAACGUAGUCCAUAGGUUUGAUCCUUUAAUGCAACACUGGGAGAACUUGAGUGGAACCCCUGGCUCUAACACAUAUAUUGCUGCUUGUGUACUGGCUUUACCUCAUCACCUUAGGCAAUGA